GUGUGUGUGUGUGUGUGUGUGUGGGGGGGUGUGUUUCGCCACGCCGCACUAGCCUGGAAACUACUCUCUCGUGCGGCCCGAGCUGCAGCAUUUGUUGGUAGAGGAAACAAUCCCGCGGCCGGUCGCCAGCGUCUUAGCAGGGUCUGCUGUUGCCCGGAGCUCAAGAGGCAGGAAGUCAUCCUGCGGGAGGCACACGCGGAGAGAAGCGGCGAUCGCUCGCUGGCGGACCAGGGCGUGACUCUUCUGCAGCUAGAGGACUGUUCUUUGGUGGUUAGGACUGCAUCUCCAGAGGUCCCCUGCUGCGAGGACUGGCUGGCAUAGGUGGUGAAUGAGGUAGGAUCUAUGCAUGCAUGGAGAAGAGGAAAAGGGAGAGAGAUGUGGCCUCUGCUGGGAAAAUGACUGACUUCAGAGUUGGGAGGUGUUUGUUCCUUUGUAGGUUCCUGUUGAAAUCUGUAGGUAGCUGUUCGCUUUGAAUGUAAUUAAGAAAGAGGACGAAAACUAUCCAUUUGGAUCCAAGGUCUGCCUGUGAUUUCAGCUGUAGGGCUUAUCAACACUGGAAGCAAGGAAGGAGGAGGAAAUUGCACCAGAUCAGUCAGGUCCAUCUCCAGCGGUGGCUGUGGAGGCCUUGGAGUGGCGGAAGAUUACCACUCUCAACAGAUCUGCUCUCAGGACCCAUCACCUUCCCUCGGCCUGAGUGCCUCUGCCCUCUGUCCGUGUAUCAGUGACAGAGGCUGUGUGUUUGGCAAGGGGACUGCGUGCCUGCUGAACAGUUGACUCUAACUCUUGCUACAAAGUUUCUCUCUGACCCAGUGGAAGAGUGUCAAGACAUCUGCCUGGGACAGGUUGAGAGCCAAGGCCAAGACUGUAUAGGGCUACCUAUAUAACUGGGCUUCAGCCAUGACUCGGAGUAGAAAUAAGGCCAAAACUGCAAAAAAGGCUGGUGUAGAAGCCGAAGCAAAGAGAGAGGCUGCUGGUGUAGUCAGGCCUGGAGCCAAGACCCCGGGCAAAGCAGGAGCCAAGGCAGGGUCUCAGGCAGAUUCAGUGGCAGAGACGAAGGCAGUGUCUAAGAACAAGGUUGUAAUUGAGAUGAAAGAAGGAUCCCUGGCAAAUUUCAGUCCCAAAGCUGAAGAUGCGGCCACUGGAGUAUCUCGGUUUUGUUGUGUGACUGAGACUAGUGUAGAGUCCAGGUCCAUGCGUAAAGAUAAGGCUGGUAUUGGUGCCUGCUCCUGGGCUGGGGAGGAGACCAGUGUUGGUUCCGGGUUCUGGACUGGAGAAGAGACUGGUAAUCGUUCCAGGGCUAAGGAUGAAGAGAGAGCUGAUCCUGGUCCCCCGUCCUGUGCUGGGAAGCUGGAGCCUGUGGUGGCCGGGGCUAGCUGCAAGGCUAGGCCAGGGGCUGAGGAGGAGGAGGAAGAGAACGUUAUCGGGAACUGGUUUUGGGAUGGAGACGAAACUAGUUUUGACCCUAAUCCGAGACCCGUGAGUAAGAUAGUUAGGCCCCAGCCUGUGGAUGAAAUUAAUGAAAAGAAUAGGCCCAAGGACUGGUCUGAGGUCACUAUCUGGCCCAAAGCCCCUGCUGUAACCCCAGCAGUGUUAGGAUUUAGAUCCCAAGUCCCGUCUGAGACAAGGCCUCCUUCAUAUAUUGUCCUGGCCUCAGCUGAGGAGAAUGCUCAUUCUUUGCCUGUGGCAGCAGUGUGCUCUUCCAUGAGCACUCCUCCAUGCUCACAGCCUAUCCCUGAGUGCCCAUUUGGUUCUGACCCUUGCAUUCAGACCAUAGAGGAGAUUAGACGCCAAAUCAGGUUCAGGGAGGCGAAUGGGAUUAAGCCAUUUGCUUGCCCUUGCAAAAUGGAAUGCUACAUGAAUUCUGAGGAAUUUGAAAAACUUGUUACCUUACUUAAGUCAACUACUGAUCCUCUCAUUCAUAAAAUAGCUCAAAUUGCAAUGGGGGUCAUUCAUGUUCAUCCAUUUGCCCAAGAGUUCAUCAAUGAGGUGGGUGUGGUGACGCUUAUUGAAAGCUUGCUCAGUUUUCCUUCCUCUGAAAUGAGGAAAAAGGCCGUAAUUACUCUGAAUCCCCCUUCUGGGGAUGAAAGACAGCGCAAGGUUGAAUUACACGUCAAGCAUAUGUGUGAGGAAACGGCGUGUUUUCCCUUGAACUCACCCGGACAGCAGUCUGGAUUAAAGAUACUAGGGCAACUGACUGCUGACUCUAACCAUCACCGUAUUGUUGCCAGUUACUUUUCAGAGCUCUUUCGUGUGCUGUCCCUGGGAAAUCGUAAAACCAGAAAUCUUGUUCUGAAAGUACUGUUGAAUUUGUCUGAGAACCCAGCUGCAGCCAGAGACAUGAUCAAUACAGAGGCAUUAGCAGCAUUAAAACUCAUCUUCAACCAGAAAGAAGCAAAGGCCAAUCUGGUUAGUGCCGUGGCCAUAUUUAUUAAC